GCCGGUGUGGAGGCUCUUAAAGCGGCCAGCGCGUGCUGGCCGCUGAGUGGCAGGGAGCUGAGUCGGACGCCACCGCGCGCCAGCCAGGCACUGGGCACGUCUUUCUGCCGGCUGCCUUUGAAUCUCUGCUCUUUGGGGAAUAAACAGAUCCUGGCUUUCUCUACAAGCAAAUCUAAGUGCCGGGGAGUGGAGUGGAUCCUUGGUCCAAGGCAGAACGGGGACGCCGGGGGUGUCCUCCGCCGUUAGAGUUGGGAAUUUGCAGCCUGAGACUGCACGUGGCAAAUCUUGUCGCCAAACGGGCCUGCUCAGAGCGGCGUGGAAGUCGGGCGAGGCUGGAAGCAGCAUGGCAGGCUCAAACGCCAGCCACUCAGCGCGCUUUGCCAGGGCGGCUAACCAAGGCUCGGCACGAUGAUAGCUCCGUGCUGCUGCCCUCAUUUUACCGCUGGGGAAACCGAGGCAGGGCGCAUGGAAGGGACAUGCCCAGGGUGUCAGUGGCAGAGCUGAGAAUUGGACCUAGGAAUCCAGAUGAUGAGAUCCUGCGCCAUGGGCGGCCGGGUCGAGCCCCUGAGCCCCCUGACCCGCUGGUACAUCUACGCCAUCCACGGGUACUUCUGCGAGGUGAUGUUCACGGCCACCUGGGCCUUCGUGGCCGAGCGGGACUGGAAGUUCCCGGGCGUCACCAGCGUCUGGGCCCUGUUCAUCUACGGCACGUCCAGCCUGGUGCUGGAGCGGAUGUACCUGCUGCUGCAGGGCCGCUGCCCCCUGCUGAGCCGCUGCCUGUGUUACACCCUCUGGAUCUACCUGUGGGAGUUCGCCACCGGCUACCUCCUGCGCCGGUUCGAUGCCUGCCCCUGGGACUACAGCCACUUCCGCUACCACCUCAUGGGGCUGGUGACGCUGGAGUACGCCGUCUUCUGGUUCCUGGGCUCCCUGGUGCUGGAGAAGCUGAUCAUCGGGAACACCCUGCGGCUGCGGCUGGAGGGGCCAGGCCCCCCGGCCCCCACCGCCAGCUGCCUUGCACCCCGCAAGGACACCUGAGCACGGCGCAGGCUGGGGCCCGGCUGCCCCUCUCCGGACCAUCCUGCUGCAGCUCCCGGAGCUGCCUGACGCUCAACCCGGGGGGCGGCCUGGCGGGGUGGGGAUGAAGCUCUGAUCAUCCCGUCCUCGCUCACUUCCCGCCCCCAAGACCCUCCCGCUGGCCGGACGACUCCUGCUGCAUGGAACCCACCUGGCAUUCUGUCCGUCCCCCAGUGCCAAUGCAGGGAGAUUCCCCAGGGACCAGGUCUGCCAGGAUGGACCCUGGGCCCAGUUCUCAGCCCCACACACACCCCCUCCCUGUGCUUGCUGGCAGUAUGGGGCGCAGGUGGCUUUUAGCCCCCGGUGGUGCUCUCCCCGCCCAUUCUGGGCCCAGCAGCCGGGGUCGGCUAUGUUUCUCCACAGCCGGUCCAUGCACCGGCACCGGUCCCUGACAUCUGCCUGACGCAAUUUAGGAAGGCAGCAAACUGGUCCCGGGUAUCAAAAGGGUUGAGAAACACGGGGAUAGAGCAACCUCGGGGCUGCUCUGAAUGGGUCUCUGCGUCCUAUGGGCCCUGGGGGGCAGAGAAUAGCCACAGCCCAGUGCCCUCCAGCCAUGCCCCCGACCCCCCCAGACAUGAUGGAGGGUUGUGCUCCACACCAGGUGCGAAGACCCUCUUUAGGGGGUGGAAAUCUCAGGGGCAGGGGGCUCUGUUCCCCCCAGGGCUGCAUAAAGGACUCUUUGCAAUUAUUCUUUUCCCCCCCCCGGGGGGGGCAGCUGCUCUUCUUGGGUGUUGCUGCUGAAAGCUGGGGGUCCCCUUUUGCUGCUAGCUUUUUCUCAUGAUCGUGGCUCUGAUGGGGGCCAAAGUCACCCCCCAACUCAGGGAUUGGCCACAGUUCUGUUCACUCAGGUGUUGGGGAUGCAGCCUGUCAUUAAAAAGUUCUUUUGUCACUUGGCAAUGAUAGAGAAACAAAUUGGUGAUUAAUGCACUUCCUCAAUCUUCUCCUUCCCCUGGCCCCCACCUUGAAAACCAAUUCCUCUCCCCCCCGCCCCCACCAUGCACCAGCAGCAGGCCCCGGAGCAGAGCGCACAGACAGGGUACGGAGCUCCCAAACAGGAUCUGCAACAGAUCGGCAGGGUAAACCGGCGGUGGCAGCUAGGUUCAGCUCCCACCCAUCCAGUCCCGGGAGGAAUUUAGGGCUGGGAAGAGCUGGGUGGAUAAGAGAGACAAAUGACCCCCUUUGAAGGCAGCCCAAGUUGGCAGGGAGCUGGGAAGCCAGCUAAGGGGAGCAGGGAUGGGCCCCGAUAGGUUAGUUGCAUUAUGGUGGCAGCUGGGGCCCUGACGGAGAAGGGCCCUCCAUUGUGCCAGGCGCUGCACAGAGCCUGACUGAGAUCAGGGCCCCGUUGCUCUGGGCGCUGCACAGACCCCAACCGAGAUCAGGUUAUAUGGCCCCGUUGGUCUGACGCAGAGCAGAGGGGACGGGACACCGGGCUAGAUGGGCCCCUUGAGCUGACGCAGAGCAGGGAGGAUGGGAUACCGGGCUAGAUGGGGCCGUUGUUCUGAUCCUCCUACUCCAAUCCCACUACCAGGAGUGGGGAGGAGGUUUUUGGAGCUUUUUUCGUGCCCGUCUGGGGCUCCCAGGUGCUGCCAUACCACACCUAAUAAACAGGAACUAUUCUUUCCUCUUUUACCCAAUGAUUAUGUUUCAUAAUGUGUUUAUCUGAUGAGGCGACCUGGCAGUUCAGCUGGGGCAAA